CUCUCGCACGCUGUAGUCAUGACCGGUUCUGUAGGUAAGGGCAUGAGAGGAUUCGCUGAUCCCCCGCAAACGGGCGACAUAUCGACAGGCAAGUCGAGCACUUGGCGACUCACAGUCAAGUCCAGUUCGUAUGCUGCGUCGCCAAGAGAAAAAUAGCAUAGUAGCGGUGUUUUCAGCCGCUUCGACACUCUCGUGGAACACGAUAUCUGUCACAAGGUCCCGUUGACCCACGACGCGGUGAACUCUUCAAGGUUAUUUCAUUUGAUGAGGCGAGCAUGCUUGAAUCCCGUGCACCUCUUUUCGAAAGAAGCCUCCAAAUAUCCUCCUCAUUCAAUCUGCCGCUGUGUCCGCUGUUACUGGAUUCCGCAAAGCUUAUUUCCUUCCCCCGCUCCCGUCGGUGUCAACCCUCCCGCUGUUAACUCGUUACUUCUAGAGAACAGUCUCAUCCAAUGCAGUCGGCAACCAAAGCUGGCGUCAACCAGCCUUCGGGAAGGUCGAAAGGGAGGUGCAUUGAUUCCCCGAUGGUUUACUUGAGGCACCUGAAAGAUGUGGAAUAUGUCAUAGAGAAACUUCGAGCGAAUCGCACGCGUUUUCUCGUCGCAGCCGCAUGUCGUAGACAGCGUCAGUUGGGUAGCUUUGCCUCCCGACAAGCCGUGUCUCCGUCCAACAGAAUUGGGAGCUUCUCGCUCUCGACGCCCCAGCUUCUAGACAGUGAGUCCCCCGAGGGCGGAGCAAGUCCGGAAGACCGACUGGGUGGAGCCUACACGGAUAUAUGCGCGUACGUUCACGCAUCUCUUCAACAAGAUGUCCAGAACAACGGAGAAUUGCAAGAAGCUUUUCCUGGAUGCCUUAAGAAACGCGACGAAUCAAGUCCGCUAGCUCCCUACGGUGUAGUCCGACACGGGUCUGGGUGGAUGACAGUCACGCAGGAGUCGCUGCAAACUUCCGCAAUUACGAAUCGUGGUGACGACUUGGACACGUAUUUAGCAGAGCUUCUCGUGCCCCUCCUUCAUGACGGUUUGGUGGCCCUGUGUAGGGUUGUCGAACUGCUGAUCGCCGAUGCGAGCAAAAAGAGACUAGGAACAGAAUACCACAAGCGCUUCAACCCCCUCUGCUGGUUAGGACAGUACCUUCUGCGGCACCACCCAGCACAUCCCCCCCGGAUGCAUCAACCAGCAAACGCAGAGGACGCAUAUGGAGAACUCGGAACCUCUCCAGCAGCGGACGGCACGCGAGGUGUCCGUCUUCAGCAGAGGCUGAACUGUGCAUUCGCACCCUUCUACCAGCUUGUGAAAGAUAUUGUAGAUGACGAACGGGCGCGGCGCGACUUCCUUCUCCGCGAAGAGGAAGUCCAGCACGUGUUUGAGGCGUAUCGUCAGGAAAAAGCCCAUCGCGCACACUAUGAAGAAGGCGGCGGGGGCCGAGCUGCAGAAAAUCAGUGUGAAGACACCAGCAGAAACAGCGACGCAGUGCUACGCGGUGAUGAUGUGAAACCGCUGUCGAAAUGCCAGCUGCAGUCGGAUCCGAACCAGGAUGGAAUUAUGUGUCUCACGUUGGAGGACUGCUUGCUACCUGACACUUUCAAGGACGGCUCGGCUGGCCAUAAACGUCGAAGCCACGCGUAUUGUCGGAUUAGGGUCGAAAACAUUGAAGAAGUACUUGAUCGUCUUGACACAUUCUGGGAACUCGGGGGGCGCAUGGUACAGCAGUUCCAGGAGAACUCGCCUCGCUUCUUUGCGACAAAAGACGCCGCCAUAAUUUCUUACCUCCUACCCCAGCAACAGGCCGAGUUAGUUAUCGAGGAUGCCAACGACGUCCAGGUUGGAGAGUUUUGGCUCUUCCUAAAAAACUACACCGAGGUGCAGACGUGGAUCAGACGAGAACUCUUCAACAAACGCAGACAGGAGAUGCAGCUACAACCAGAGUCCAAUGUACGGCGUGCUCUUGUAGAGGGCCUCAAGCAACGAAACAUGAUUGUUGUGGAAAAGGAAAACGAUGGUGACAAAGAUCAAGACGCUGGAUUUUCUUCGUGUAUGCUUGAGUGACAAUGACUUUGGCUCCCUCUCGAGCUCUGUUUUCCUCAACGCACAUUUCACACUCCCGACCCCCGAUUCCCCUUACAAUCGGUUCCCCCGGCCUUGUAUCGCAUUCCCUCUUCGCCUGAAAGCUCCGCAAGUCCCUUUUCCUCGCAGCAGUAUAUAUCACCGAGUUAGGUCACCGGUAACGAGCCCAUGUAGAAGUACCACUCUGUCCACAAAUUCCACUUUCGUUGGAUCACAAUUCGGAUUCAUGACCACUAGUGUUCAUGCGUGAGAAGCCAACGGAGUUCCGGUUACCAUUAAUAUCAAAACUGAAAGCGCCUUCGUGUGAAUCCAUAUUGUGCUCCGACAACAACCCAGCAGCCUACAGCCAAAAUGCCUCAUAAACCAGUUCCGUGGCAAACGACAUCUCUGGUAGCAACGUAUAGAUUCGUUCUGGUCCACUACGAGCAGCUCUCCGCCGAAAAAGCUGCCAAUCUUGAACAUCUGCAAGAUGCCACCUGCCAAUGGUUGUCUGUGUGUGUUGCUAUGCCGGACCCAUUCGCAGAUGUGCGGCCUAAGCGGAGGCGCCACAGCGCUCACACUUCACAGGAUAUUAAUUUAUCGAUUACAGCAGUGCGCAGGUACAUGGCAUUUACCACAUUUGCCUGCAUAUCGCAUUCACACUGACAUAUCCUCUGCACUUCGCGUGCUUGCCUUUGAGCAACUUUCCGACUUCAAACGCACAUGUGGGUGGUUUCUGCAGAAGCCGGUUGUAUUGGUUUAGUGUAGCCCGCAGUUGUGUAU